AUGGAUAUUAAACAUAGAGGGGUAGAAACUCCAAUUCCUUCAAAGAAAAGUUCGCGUUGGUUGGGUAACUGGAGAAAGACCUUUUUGGUUAUACAAUCAAUAGAGGCAUGUCUUAACCUGAACCCUGAAGCGUUGGAGAGGAAGAUUGCUCAAACCACUGCAAAGAUUGAGAAAAUGGAGCGGGACAAGGAGACCAAAGAAGAUUUGAAAACUGUGGCAUUGGGUACAUCAAAGAUCAACUACCUUGAUCCUAGGAUCACAGUUGCUUGGUGCAAGCGACAUGAAGUUCCAAUUGAGAAGGUGAAUUGCUUUGCAUAUACUUUGGGCAUUUUUUUUGGGUGGUGAAUUACACAUUGCACCUUUGCAUUUUAUACCAAAUCCUAUUAUGGUCCCCUCGUUUUUCAAUUGUAAUGGUCAACCCUCGCACUUUCGGUAAAGUUGCAAUGUAGCCCCUCUGUUAGUUUGGUGCUAUAAAUUUCGUAGCGGAAAUUGUCAUGUGACCCGCACACGAAAUUUUUUAAGGCAAAAAUGUAAUUUUGUUCUCUUUACUAAUUAUUGUAUAUUUUUUCAUAGUAUUUUCACUACUAUAUUUUCUGA